AUGGAGUCCCAGACCUUAUCUGCAGCACCUCCAACUCAAAGACUCAAGGAUUCGUGUGACAAGUGCUCUACAUCUAAAGUACGCUGCACUAAAGAAAAGCCAUCAUGUGCGCGAUGUGACAAACUGGGGUAUACAUGUUUCUACAGUCCUGCGCGACGAGUGGGACGACCACACCGAUCAAAGGAAUCCUCAUCUAAGGGAAAUAAUAGCGAAGAAUCCGAAAAUCUUCCCGCGAGGAUAAUACAGCCGACAACAUUUACAGAUGAGGGAGAUAAGCUCCUCUCUGAACUUGACCUAUCAUCUACCCGACUGGAUCAACAUGAUGUAUUCCCGGUGCAACAGGAAAAUAUCAUUUCCAACCAACAGCACAUCAGCGAUCAAGACUGCAUGUUGGUCAUGAUGGAACUUUUCUCUGAAUUGGAGGUCCCAGCCACACAGCUCAGGUACUCCUCAUCAGUAGACUCCAAUCUACUUGAAAUGACAACGCAGACCAUCACCGCCACCCUCCGCCGUCUCUCUGCCAUUUUGAUCUGCCCAUGUUCAGAGCGCGCCGAGACCGCGAUGUUAAUAUCUGCUGUGUGCAUGACCAUCCUCGAUAUACAUGCUAUGAUGAUCGUUAAAUUUCACGAAACGCUAGAACCUGAAGCUGCGGCCAUGCGAGUAUUAGGUGAACUUUCCAAUGUGGCCCAGUCGGUUUUUCAAUUCUCCGAGCGAUAUAAUGGAGACUUCGGUGAUGGAGUUGGAGUACCUGCAGGCAAUGAUGUCCCAGUAGACUUUUUGCCAUCGCUGGGCAACUUGAUGCGAGAAAGAUUGCAGCAAAUUACAAAUGAUGUGACCUGUUGGUGA